GUAAACAGAGAGAGAGAGAGAGAGAGAGAGAGAGAGAGAGAGAGAGCGAGCGAGAGAGAGAAUAACUGAAUAACUAAAUAUGGAACUGCCAGUAAGGCCUCUUGAAUUUAUCUACAUUGAGAAAGGGCAGAGAGAGAGAGAGAGAGAGAGAGAGAGAGAAAUGAGAAAUGAGAAAUGUAACAGUAGGGGAAACAGUGCUGGUAAUCGGAAAAAAAAAUUAUAUGCCCUUUAACAGGGGACAUUUUUCUGCUAGAGGACGUUAAAGAUCUGCAUCCCGGCUUCACUGCUGAUUUGCAUCAUAAGACUAUGGGAAACCUACAACGAAGAUUAUUUUUAAAAAAAUAAAAUCUGUUAGCGAGGCAGAAAACAAGAAGGAAUGAGUGAUAUGCACAGGCAGGUUCAAAUGAAUCGAUGACCAGAAGAGGCAGGUAGAGAGAAAGAAGAGUGAGGGAAGGGCCAGAAAAAUAAAGUGGAGGAAAUAAAGAAGAGAGACAGCAGAGUGAAGAGCAGGGCUGGCGACUGGAAGACCCUGAGAGGAAACGUGCUGUGUGUAAUGACCCCAGAUGAGAGGCUGUUAGCCCAGGAAUAUUCUGGAAAAACACUGAAUAAAGUGCAGCGUGUUUCCCAGCUAGGCUUCCAUGGAUACAAAUGUGCAUCUGCAGACCUAACUCCUAAUCUAAAUCCUGGUGUGUGUGUGUGUGGAGAGGACAGACACUCCGGUCGUGAACCGAGGAUACACACCUGAACAUGGAUAUGGGCUCAGUCACACAAAUACACACACCUACACAAAAGCCUGGAAACACACCCACAACUGCAGACAUGAGCUGAUUGAGUCCUGCGACCGACACAGACAACCAAGGUCUGUGGAUUAACCCCCCCUUCUACCAUGCAAGCCUCCCCACCCCAUCAAUCUAAAAAAUCAUACCCAUCCCUCAUUUUACAUCAUCAUCCAAGUAAAACACCCUCCUCCUCUUCUCUCCCCUUUCAUCGAUCAACAAAUUCUUACUCAUCCAUCCUUAAGCCAUCACACAAACUCUUACCAUCAGAUACACCUCUGUGUCCAAAAUACACCUGUGGUUUUCUGGCCCAAUCCAUACCAUCCCCAAGCCCACCUCUACCCUUGCUCCAUUGGCUGACACUGGUCACAUGUGCCUGCUUGCUACCUGCUUUGAUUGGACGGAUUCCUGGUGCGCUGGCAGGGGAAACUUGGGGCGUAGUUUCUUCAUGCCCUUUUCACUGCGUGUGCCGGAACCUUUCAGAGUCACUGAGCACACUCUGUGCGGACAAGGGCCUCCUCUUUGUUCCACCAAACAUCGACCGCAGGACCGUUGAGCUUCGUCUUGCUGACAACUUCAUUAGAGAAGUGGGUGGCACAGACUUUGUCAACAUGACCGGAUUGGUAGAUUUAACACUGUCACGAAACACCAUCAGCUACAUCAAACCACUGGCAUUUGCAGACCUCGAAAGUCUCCGCUCAUUGCACUUGGAUGGAAAUCGACUGACUGCUCUGGGUCCGAGAGACUUGGCGGGUAUGCUGAACCUGCAGCACCUCAUUCUAAACAACAACCAGCUUAUAAACAUUUCUUAUGAUGCCUUUGAUGAUUUUCUUCUCACAUUGGAAGACCUGGAUCUGUCUUACAAUAAUCUGCACAAAGCACCAUGGGAAGCGAUCCAGAACAUGGCCAGCUUACAUACGCUCAAUCUCGAUCACAACCUCAUUGACCAGAUUGAAGAAGGUUCCUUUGGUGAGCUCUACAAACUUGCUCGGUUAGACAUGACUUCCAAUCGCCUUCAGACUCUACCACCUGACCCCCUGUUUGCCAGGUCCCAGACAGGAGUAAUCAGCCCUACACCCUACAACUCAGUAAUCAGUUUGAACUUUGGAGGAAACCCAUUGCACUGUAACUGUGAGCUGCUUUGGUUACGGAGAUUGAUUCGGAGUGAUGAUAUGGAGACUUGCGCUACUCCGAUUCACCUGGCAGGACGCUACUUUUGGUCAAUACCUGAGGAGGAAUUUACCUGUGAGCCUCCACUUAUUACUCGUCAUACACACAAACUCUGGGUCUUAGAGGGGCAAAAGGCAACACUCAAAUGCCGAGCUAUUGGAGACCCUGAACCAGUGGUGCACUGGGUCUCACCUGAUGAUCGGAUUAUUGCUAACUCUAGUCGUACCACCUCAUUCCGUAAUGGGACACUUGAAUUCCUAGUGACUGUGGCCCGUGAUGAUGGUGCUUACACCUGUAUUGCAAUCAACGCUGCAGGUGAGGCCACUGCGAUUAUCGACCUUAAGGUCAUCCCUCUUCCUCACCGAGGGAAUGGGACAGUGUCUUUAGCCCGUGACCCAGGGUCAUCAGAUAUUACCAGAGGAAAAACAUCCAAUGGGCAGACCCCCAGCCAGGACACUAACACAGACCCACAGGAAGGUAGAGAAGAAGUAGAGGCAGAGGAUGGAGGGAGUGAAGGAGGAGAGGACCAGUUUGUGGAGGUACAGGGGGUGACCUCCACCUCAGCACAGGUUCGGUGGGAUAUAGGACGACUUUCAGGGGCAUACUUGGUUUGGAUGUACCAGAUACAGUACAACUGCACCGCAGAUGAAACUCUGGUGUACCGAAUCCUGCCCUCUACGAGUAACAGCUUCCUCCUGAAGAAUCUGGUCUCUGGAGCAGAUUAUAACCUGUGUGUUUUGGCCAUUUUUGAUGACACGGUCACCUCAAUGGCUGCCACAAAGGUUCUUGGAUGUGCACAGUUCAGCACCAAGGAUAAUUACCCAGACUGCCGUUCACUCCAGGCCCACUUUCUGGGUGGAACCUUGACCAUCCUGGUGGGAGGAGUAGUCGUGGUUACACUACUGGUGUUUACAGUGGCGCUUAUGGUGCGUCACCGGGUCUGCAGUAACCAUAACAAUCAUCAUGGCGCUAGUGGAGAGGUUGGAUGCUCAGGAUCAGACUCGUCAACCCGAGGGAAAGCAGCCAAUGUUUUUUCACAGAGAAAUAGCAGUGGGGAGGUAAUGAUGGUGGUCUUACCUAAUGGGCUGCCUCAAAAACAAAGAGGUGCAGUAGGAGGGGCAGAGUCAUCAUCGAAGUCAUCAUCUCCCAAUCUGAAACCCCAAACACUGCCUAAGCCGAAAGUGAAUCUGGAGCAGCUAAAGGCAGGGGUAGAAUCACAGAAGGCACUUCCACCUUAUACCCCAGAAACUGAACGAAUGCCAAUGUACUACACCCUCAAGAAGCCGGCCCCAUCUACACUGCCACGUCAGUCACAUCAGCCAGAGGCAGGACUUUCUAAACUCCAUUCCACAAACAGGGACAUAGAGAAACAGGCUAGCUUUAGCCUUGUCCCCCCAUCUCACAAUGAUCGGAGGUUCAGCACAGGUGGGUCUGUUAUAGUCGGCCGAGGAGGCAGAAACAGCGGAUGUAACUCAGAGACAGCCUAUCAGAGCUCAGGCCUAAGUGUUGCACGGCAUAGACGUAGCUCCUCGUUUGACAUGGGCAACAUGGCGGCCACAACCUGCUAUGGUUACGCCAAGCGUCUGAGUGUCAUCUGGAGCAAACGGAGCCAGUCACUACAUGGCAUGCUAGCCCAGUGCGCCUCCACGAACAGCAUCUCCACCACCAGCAGCGGCAGCGGGGAUUUCCAUGUGAGACAUACACGUGGCGCCAUCCGCGCCUACAAAUCCAACACUAUGCCUUCAAGCAGAACACAUACAGAGCAAAGUAGAGACAAAGGUAAAGAGAAAGUAAAGGCAAAAGAUAAAGGAGAAGAACUGGAAGAAAGUGUGGUGUAGACAGUAAGGGCUGCACGUCAAAGCAAGAACUGAAAAGACCUUAUAAAACGAGAGGGGUGACUGUGGACAGACAUAGAUGAAAGAGGGAGCAUUAAAGAGUGCAACGUGAGGUGUGAUACGUAGGAGUGGGAGACAGGCUGAGGGAAAGGUUGAGUGGAGAGAUUAGAGGUGGAGAAAAGAUGUCAUGGUAGAAAAAAGGAACAGACAUAAAAAGGUACAAGGAGGGAAGUAGGAGGAAAAAGGAGAGCAGAGUCAAGAAUCAGGCUAAUGUCAAAUGGACUAAAAAAGAGAGAACAUAUUGGUGCAUAUCCUGCGGGACUGGUGUCUAAGUGGAUUCUGAACCAACACAGAAAUUCAAUUGCUCCAAUGAGCCUAUAAAGUGUGAACAGAGGAGCUAAAUAAAGGCCAGGUAUUUGGCCUAUUUUCAAAAAAACAACAAAAAAAAAACAAAACUUCUAAUGCACCCAGGCCAAGAGACAGACUGAUGGCAUUUGAGCAAUGAUCAAUUAGCUAUCCUGUCACUGGGAUUACGGAAGCAGAGGCGCAGCUGGAAAUGCCGAGUCAUGCCCAAUCAAUCGGAUAUGAUCCGCAGAUAGAUAGAUAGAGAGAGAGAGAGAGAGAGAGAGAGAGAGAGAGAGAGAGAGAGAGAGAGAGAGCCUUUGCAGCAACCUGGGAGCAACACAAAGAAGCAUGGGCGUGAAAUGCAGCACCGGAAUGAUGAUGAAAUGAUUGGGGACAGAUUUAGCGCAUAGACAAAUAAAUGGCCAUUGACUGAGGAUGAAUGGGAUCAGUUACGGUUUGUGUAUGUCUGUGUGUGUGUGUGUGUGUGAGUGAGCAUAUGGAGCAGUCAGUGUGUAUAUGGAAAAGGAAGAAGACUCCUUUUGUUUACUUCUGUGAUGCUCCAUUUAACUAUAAUCAUGCAGACUGUGGUCUGACGAACUGAUAUUGAUCCGUUACUGUGGACAGGGUCAUUAAAAUAUUAUAAGGUGUCAUUAAGACCAUGUCGAGAGAUUAAAAACAAAAAGAACUGAGCGCAAGAAACAAAGAGAGUAUAAAUCCCUUGAAAGUCUGUUUUGUUACUAAUUUUCACGAGUGAUAAUAGAGCUAAAAAGAAAAAUACAGUUUUGUUGCAACAAUCUUUCAUGACUCUUAGUUAUCAAUAUGAUUGUAAUUAUCAUUGAGCUUAGAUGAAAAAAAACGGACAAAAUUAGCGAGUUCAAUGAUAAUAAUAACCAUCCUGAUGAUAAUGUUUUUGUUUGAUUUCCAUUUUGCCAAAGUAAAUAUUGUUACCUUGACUUGAUAUUCUAAAUGAUGAAAUAAAACAGAAAAAUAAGUUCACGGGUUUUCAUUUUAAUUGUGUAAUUAAUGUCAUUCUGGGAAGAAUAGGAAAAUGGAGGGAGUUGAGUAUUGUACUGUCACAUCUAUGUGUGUGUGUGUGUGUGUGUGUGUGU